AUGGCUACCUCAUCCUCCAUCGGAUGCUCCCCAACCGCCGACGACGCUUUCGGCCCAAUCGUGCAAAACUGCCGUGAGGGUUUCGACUUCACUUUGACCUUUGAACAAUGCCUCUUCACAAUCCUCCCAGCCUCCCUCCUCCUUCUCAUCGCACCUCUCCGCCUCCGUCACCUCGGCAAAUUCCCCCACGCCGUGACCGGCAAUGCCCUCCGACUAACCAAACAGGCCGCCAUCGGCACCCUCGCCGUGCUUCAAAUCGUGCUCGUCGCGUUGUGGGCAACCCAUCGUGACGCGGGCCGCCUGCGCACCGUCUCGAUUGCUGCAUCCUGCGCGUCCUUUGCUGCCACGGUCAUGUUUGGUGGUCUCUCGUACAUAGAACACGCGAAGAGCCUUAAGCCUUCGUCCAUCUUGAAUAUAUACAUCCUCGUGUCCCUGGUGCUGGAUGUAGCAAUCCUCCGCACCGUGUGGCUGUCGCACUUAAGCGUCGCCAUCAGCGCCGUCUUCUCCGCGUCCUUCGCGCUGAAGGCGGCCAUCGUGAUCCUCGAGGCCCAGGGCAAGACGCGGCACCUCGCCAGCGGUGGUCGGUCGUACAGCCCCGAGGAGACCAGCGGCAUCUACAGCCGUGGUCUCUUCUGGUGGCUCACGCCCCUGCUGCUGACGGGAUUCCGUCGUCUCCUGAAGCCGCUGGACUUGUUCGCCUUGGACGAGUCCAUGUCGGCUGCGGUGCUGAAUGAGAGGUUCUGGCUCUACUGGAACAAGUCGUCGUCCCCGACGGCCAUCCAGUCAGACGGAUCAUCUCGUUCACAGCGUUAUCGGCUCAUCAGGACUUGCAUCGUCACGCUCAAGUGGCAGCUGCUAGCAGUCGUCCUGCCGAGGAUCUUUCUAUUAGCCUUCACCAUCUGCCAGCCUCUGGUCUUGAACCGGUUUCUCGACUUCCUGCAGAACCCGUCCCAGGAUGUCAACUACGGCUACGGGCUCAUUGGGGCAUACGGCCUUGUCUACCUCGGGAUUUCCGUCUCGUCGAGCUUCUACUGGCACAAGGCUUUUCGGUCACUGGCUAUGCUCCGGGGUGUCUUGGUUGCUGCCAUUUACUCCAAGACAACAGAGCUGCGAGUCGCACCCGGAGAUGACUCCGCAGCGGUCACUCUCAUGUCGACUGAUGUCGAGGUCAUCAUCCGCGCAUGGCGCGAGCUUCACGAGUUUUGGGCCAACAUCAUCCAGAUCGCCAUUGCAACAUGGCUUCUCAGCAUACAAAUUGGUUAUGCGGCUUCCGGUCCGAUCAUAGUCUCCAUCUGUGCUUUGAUUGCCACCAUCUUCUUCGCUCCCGCCACCAAAAAGUAUCAGGUCGUCUGGGUUCAGAAGGUCCAAAAGCGCAUCGGCAUCACCUCAGCCAUGAUCGGCCACGUCAAAAGCAUCAAGAUGUCGGGUCUGACGCAGAAGCUCUCCCAGACCUUGGCAGACCUCAGACUCGCUGAGAUGAAGGCAGCAACCCCCUUCCGCAUCAUUGGCGCCAUAACCUCAGCCAUCGCGCAGGUGCCUCUGAUGCUCUCACCGAUAGUUGCGUUUGCCAUGUACACAGCGAUCGCCUCCAAGACUGGACAGACUCUUGAUGCCACCAGGCUGUUUGCUGCUCUGUCCCUGAUUAUUCUGCUCGCGAGCCCCCUUUUUUGGAUGUUCGAGGUUGUCCUCGACAUGAGUGCGGCUCUUGGAUGCUUCAGUCGCAUUGAGACGUACUUGUCCGAGUCGCCCCGGGUCGAGUAUCGGUCGUUUCCUUCCGUCUCACAGCCCGAAACGCAGUCAACGGACACAGAAGAGUCUUACCAGGGGGUCCAACUUCAAGGUUUGAAGAAAACCGAAAAGCUGGUCUUGGAAGAGAAACCGAGCACAGGACCUGCUGUUACUGCGAAGACCGCGUCAAUGAGCUGGAAACCAGAUUCUAGCCCCAUUCUGAGCGGUCUGAACUUUGAAGUACAGAGGGGCCAGCUAGCGAUGCUCGUGGGGCCAGUUGCGUCUGGCAAAAGCACGCUCCUGAAAGGCCUCCUUGGCGAGUUGCCUCACGUCACUGGAAGAAUCGAGCUUUCCAGUCAACGGAUCUCCUGGUGUGAGCAGAGUCCCUGGCUGAUCGUUCUGAAGGCCUGUGACCUUGAGAAAGACCUUGCUCAAUUCCCAGAUGGGGAUCAGGCAGUCAUCGGCAGCAAGGGUCUUGCCUUGAGCGGUGGUCAAAAACAGCGUGUUAUCGCCUUGUUUGAUGACAUCUUCAGCGGAUUAGAUAACCAAACUGCCAGUGUCGUGUUUCAGCGUGUCUUCAGUGCCGAUAGAGGCAUACUCAGGGCCUGGGGAACAUCAAUCAUCCUUGCCACCCAGUCAGGUAUAAACCCACCUCCCUCCUUUUCAAUCAGCAAGUCUGAAGUAGGCGUAUGA